AUGACGGGCUCCGUAGGAGCGGCUUCAGCGGCCCAGAGCGGCCGCGGUAACAGGAAUUUUGCUGCUGACGGAUAUCAAGUUGUUUUGCCGAGUUUGCCAACAGGGCGUUUUGUUGUGAACACCGUUUUUUUACAUUGUGAUAUCAGGGCCCGCCCAUACCGGGUGGAAGAUUUCCGCGAUGCGCUUGCCCCGUUAUCGCUCCUGCCGGAAGUUAUCGCCUUAGGGGCGUAUCGAAUGAGCCAUGUGUGGGCCGUAACUUUCAAGAGUGCUGAAGCCGUCAAGAAGAUACUCGCUGCAAGUGAACUGAAGGUCAAAGGCCGACGCUGCGUCGUCAUUGAUCCUGGAAAUCAAGAUGUAAGAAUGAAAGUUCACUGGCUACUACACAACAUUCCAGACGACGACGUGCGCGUGGCUUUCCUGCCUUAUGGAAAAGUGACGGAAAUCAGCAGAGAACGGUGGCGUGUUCACGGAAUUGCUGACAAGGGGUCCACCACCCGGUUGGUGUCCCUGCGACUCAAAGCCGGCGUCAAGCUUGAAGACCUACCACACCAGGUGAACGUCGCAGGCGAACAAGCUUUGGUUGUCGUAUCGGGUCGUGCACCAAUGUGCCUUCGCUGUCAUACGACGGGGCACAUCAGCCGUGACUGCAGAGUUCCAAAAUGCAGCGCAUGCCGAAGAUUCGGACAUGAAGAAGGACAAUGCCCUAAGACAUACGCCAGCGUCACAGGGCCUUCGAGUGCUGAGGAACCAUCCGAGCUCCUCAUGGACGAAACCGACGCCGAGGAAGCUGCCAAGCCUUCAGGUGACGCCGCAACCGGAAAAAUGGUAACAUUGUGA